UCGAAAAAAUAGAAAAGUAAAAGAACAAAAUACAUACGUUAAGUUGAUUCUAAGUUUAUGUAAGUUGCGCAGUGUACGUGUAGGGUACGGUACGGAAUAAGGUGUCUACGUAGGGGCCAACUCUCUUCCCUCACUUCCUCCCUCCCUUCUCCUCCUCCACACAUGCUACCAUUAGCCGCUACUGUAUCGUCUGUCUUGAGGGAAGGACUCAUAAUUAAAACCACAUUUUUAUAUCACAGGAAUCCUUACAUAGUAUUUUUUUUAUUAGCAAUAACCAGGGAGGUUUUUUGUUAGAGGGCCAGUACAGAUUCUUUUUUUUUUCUGUUAUUUCCUAAGGGAAAAAUUAUUUGAGAUACGAGCACCUCGAGUUACGAGCUCGGUCCUGGAACGGAUUAUGCUCAUAUCUCAAGGUUUCACUGUAUAACUCCCUCAUAUAUUAAACAGUUUCAUAACAGGAUAUACUGCUGGCUUUGUUUGCUGCAAACAAGAAGAAGUAUAACACACCUGAUAUUUUUCUCAUCCAGGUCUGACCUGAAGCUGUUGAUUGCCAGUGGGAUUUGAGCACAAACAAGGAUCUCAUCUGGUGGGUUUUUUUAUACAAUAUAUAAUUGUAUUUAUUUUGAACUAGAGCUAUGAGAAAAGAGCAGCUGUGUGUGACGAUCUGAUAAGAGGUGUCGUCAAAAUCCCUGUGAUCGGGUCUCUGUCCAGGCACUUGUGCGAUAACCUGAGACACAAUGCUGCCACUUCUACUGCUGUUCCUUCUAGACCUCAGUCCUGCUCUGGCCUGGAUUCCAGUGGAGGACUGGGAAUCUGGCAACGUGACUGCAUCAGUAGGUGACUCGGGUCAAUGCGUUUGUCAUGUCUAUCUGCCUGACACCAUGUUCCCUGCUGAUCGGUUGGAGCACAUGCAAGAAGUCAACAAUGAACUGAAGGUGGAAGUGGAAGUCCAGAAGAAAAAGUUGGUGAGCUACGAGGGUAAACUGGAGAUUUAUUUGAAAGAACUUUUGAACUUGACCGUCCGUUUGACCAUGAUGGAUACCACUGCUGCCGACUACAUCAAACUGGACUUUGAGCUGCUCAGGAUUGAGCUCAGAGAAUUUGAGGCUCUGGUGACUCAGCUCAAAGACUCUCUCAACUCAUCCUCACCCAUGUUUGACAGUUUGUAUACUGAGAUUCAAAACAUGACGCUCAUCGUGAACCAACUGGAGACCUACGACAAGAAGAACCUUGAAGUGAUCCGCAUUGAGUUUGCUAAGCUGCAGAAGAAGCUGGAGGACUGCCAGAAUGACCAGGGAAACAUCAAGCCAGAUAUUGGCAACUGUAAUCACAGUGGAAUCCUGAGCAUCAGCAAACCAAUGGUGGCCCAACUCAAUGCUCACCUGAGUUCAGGUUAUGUUUUUGGGGGCUGGGGAAAGGACUCCAAACCUCUAAGAGGUUAUGAGUCCAUGUACUUCUACGGUUCAUUCAGGACUCCAAAUGUGUAUAACUUCUACUUUUACACUGACUUCAAAAAUUUGAUUCUCAGACAUAACUUUAAACAAAUUCACCUUUCAGAUGAAUGGAUAGGUACUGGUAAUAAUUAUAUUGUUCGCAAUCACGCCGUGUAUUUCCAGCACAACUCACCUUUCAGUAUGACUAAGCUAAAUUUGACCAGUAACCAAUAUGACUACAGAGUGAUCCCAGCUGCUAGUGCAAGUUUCUCAUACAGUUACUCUGACAAUCAGAACAUUGACUUUUCAGGCGAUGAGCAGGGCCUAUGGGUAAUGUAUGCCUCAGAGGAGAGCAUGGGUAAAAUUAUUCUUGCCAAGGUAGAUGAGAAGUCCUUUGGUAUUGCUGAUGAGUGGAAAACAAACGCCUACAAGCAGCAGACUGGCAAUGCUUUCAUGGCCUGUGGAGUCAUGUACGCCACCAGGUCUGUGGAUCUGACCACAGAGGAAAUCUUUUAUGCCUAUGACACCAGGACAAAGGAGGAGAAAAACCUCAACAUUCGGUUCCAGAAGUUCCAGGAGAAGUACAGCAGCCUGGACUACAACCCAACUGAUCAGAAGCUCUACAUGUACAACGAUGGCUACUAUGUGUCCUACAAUGUGAGGUUCAACGAAAAGUGAUGCCUUCUUAUUAGUGGUCGACCGUGUCAUACCACUGACCUUCUUUGUUUCUGUAGUUCUGUGAAGUAGUCUUGUCCCAUUUUCUGAAUAAAAUCAAACUGAAGCAUUUAAAAAA